AUGGGCACUGCGGGGAGGUCCCUGCCCACUGUUCGGGGUCCGGUGCCCGCUGCUCGGUGCCCGCUCUCCGCUGUCCGGUGUCGGAUGCUCAGUGCCGAUGUGCGCUGCCGAUGCUCGGUGCCGCUGUGCGCUGCCGAUGCUCGGUGCCGCUGUGCGCUGCCGAUGCUCGGUGCCGCUGUGCGCUGCCGAUGCUCGGUGCCGCUGUGCGCUGCCGAUGCUCGGUGCCGCUGUGCGCUGCCGAUGCUCGGUGCCGCUGUGCGCAGCCGAUGCUCGGUGCCGAUGUGCGCUGCCGAUGCUCGGUGCCGCUGUGCGCUGCCGAUGCUCGGUGCCGAUGUGCGCAGCCGAUGCUCGGUGCCGCUAAACCCAAGCCGUGGGACAGGAGGUGGCCUGUGGCAGCGAGGAGCCACAAGAAGCCACGCAGCUGCUCAGUGCCUCUGGCCAAAGCCUUGCUCUGAAGAAGCCCAGCUUGAACCAAAUACAGAGGGAGCCAAGAGGGACGUGAUGCUGCCUGUGAGCCAUAUGCUGGCCCUCGGUGUUUGGCUGGUGGCACAGAGUGAGGCUACACCGAGUGCCGUCACAAUCUCCAUCUUCCUGAAGCCACCUGGGGUGAUCCCACCGGGAGGCUCCACCACCAUCUGCUGCAUUUGCCAGUGCAGCUAUGGGAGCUUCGUGCUGUACAAGGGCAGCCGCCGGCUCCAUACCCUCGAACAGAGUGGCAGCAGGGCCGAGUUCUCCAUCUCUAAUGCCACCUACAAGGACAGAGGUACCUACAGCUGCCAUUAUCUGGAGGGAGGCACUGUGCUGGCUCGAAGCGAUGAACUGGACGUCUCGGUGAAAGAGCUCCGCCUGCCCAGACCCGACCUCUCUGUCCUGCCUGAGCACGAGGUGACUGCUGGAGCUGCUGUGAUGUUCCGCUGCACCUCUGCACAGCCCAGCACCGGCUGUUACCUGUACCUGGAGGGUCAGAGCCGAGCCCAGCUUCUCUCAGGGGAACAAGGUGAUUACAACCUCUCCCACGUGCAGAAAGGGGACAGCGGCCGCUACAGCUGCCAGUGCUACACCAUCAACGCCUCGAUAGAAUGGUCUGCUGUCAGCAACACCCUGGACUUGGUGGUGAGAGAUUACACGCUGUGCAACACCGUGCGCCUGGCGCUGGCGGCCGGGCUCCUGCUGCUGCUGGGGCUCAUCACGGCUGAGGCGGAGCGGAGCCGCUGCUGCCGCGGCUGGAGGAGCCGCCCGCUCCCCGCAGGCAGCGCUGCUCCGCCGGGCACCGCCGCGGGACCGCCGCGGUUAUUCCCCUCCACCAACUCGCGCUGGGAUGAAUAA